AUGUCCCAGCCACCAGCACCAACAGCAGCUGAGCACGACGGCAAGAUCGACAACGUCAUCGAGAAGAUGGCGGCAGUCCGCGCCGCGUCGGGCUCGGGCUCGGGACCAGCCAACCCCGAGAAGAAGCAGUGGACCUAUGACGAGUUCCAAAAGGUCCUCGACGAGACCCCUUUGUUCAUGCGGGAGACACCCAAGGACACCAAGGACAACUACGUUCUUGAGGCUCUCAAGAGUCUUGUGUUUGAGGGAGAUGGUGAUGAGGUCGGCCUCAACUUCAAGAACCACGGCAACGAGCUGUAUGCGCAGAGGUCAUACCGUGAUGCCGUGGAUGCCUAUUCCCAGGGUCUUGAGGCGGGCCCCAAGGAUGACGCUCUGCGCAUCUCGCUUCUCAACAACCGUGCGGCCGCCAACCUCGCCAUGAAGAACUACCGCGCCGUUCUCGGCGACACUUCGGCCAUCAUUGCCUACGCCGCCACCGAGAAGAAAAGCCCCCCUGCCAAGGCUGUUUACCGUGCUGCCCAGGCGCUUGUUGGUCUGGAACAAUGGGACGAGGCGACCGACGCUGUCGACCACGGUCGCAAGCUCAAGGGCGAGGAGGAUAAGAAGGAGUGGCCGACACUUGCGGCCCAGAUUGAGAAGGGCAAGCGUACUGUGCUGGAGCGUGCGGAGCGCGAGCGCAGGAAGGUUGUGAUGGAUGGCGCUAGGCGAUUGGCCAUUGUCAACCACGGCCUCAUGGUCGUCAACACCCCCAAUCCCCCCGACAACCCGCACCCAUUCGACUUUGACCCCGACGCGCUCCCCAAGGUGCCCCUUUACCCUCCCGAAGAGGCCGCCGGCUGGGUUGCUCCUCCUGUCUACACCCCGCUUGUCUUCCCCGUGUUCCUCCUGUACCCUCAGCACAACAUGAGCGACCUUAUCACGCACUUCCACGAGGACACGAGCUUUGACGACCAGAUGGCGGUCAUCUUCCCAGCUUCGGCUAGCCCCUCGUCUCCCAACCCCCCUUGGUCGGACUGGGACACCAAGCACGAGUACUACAACUCCAACCUGGCUGUCUACGUCGAGACCCAGCAGAGAAGGCUGCUCAAGGUCGGCAAGGACAUUACCCUCCGCGAAGUUAUCACCAAGUCGCACCGCUCCGCCUCGGCCAAUGCCCCCCGCGACGGCAUCGUGCUCCGUGAUGGACUUAUGAGCUUUGUUGUUCUUGUGAAGGGCACCGAGGAGCGCGAGUGGAUCGCCAACUUUAAGAAGGUCCGCGAUGGCGGCAAGUAG